AAGAAGCGGAAAAAUGGUACGAGUGUCAGCGUUUUGAACGAUGCUCUGAAGAGCAUGUACAACGCAGAGAAGAGGGGCAAGAGACAGUUCAUGAUCAGGCCUUCGUCCAAGGUCAUCAUCAAGUUCCUUAUCGUUAUGCAGAAGCACGGUUAUAUUGGAGAGUUUGAGUAUGUUGAUGACCACAGAUCUGGAAAGAUUGUGGUUGAACUCAAUGGGAGGCUGAACAAGUGUGGGGUUAUCAGUCCUCGCUUUGAUGUUGGUGUCAAGGAGAUUGAAGGCUGGACGGCUAGACUUCUUCCGUCAAGACAGAGGCAAGUCUACUUUCAUCGAUACAAUUUGGUCCUCAAGAUGGAUGGCUUUCGUCAUUUUACUCAUGCUUGAUAAAAAAGUAUGACAAAGAAAAUGUUGUAGAAGCAAACUUUGGAGAACUUGAAAAAGAGAGAUGUAACAGUAACACUUCCGAUCUUUCGUUCAUUCACACUCUGAAAACCAACACUGACCUUCUGGUGUGCAAAGCAGAAUACUACCAUCAGUGUGGUGAAUAUCAAAAAUGCUUUGAACUAACCUCUUUCCUACUUGAAAAAGACACUUUACAUCUCAAAAGUACAUUAGUGCAUCUAGCAGCUGCGAUGGAACUUGGGAAUUCAAAUGAGCUCUAUCUUAUGGCAUGCAAUUUAGUGAAGGACUAUCUUCAAAAGGCUUUGUCAUGGUUUUCUGUUGGCUGUUACUACUAUUGUAUAAAAAAGUAUGAUCAGUCACGCCGUUAUUUCAG